CGAAGUGUAGCGUGGUGGUAGCGCCAGUCCCCUCCUUCUAAUAAAAGCCGCUCACUAAGCUCCGUUACACAGACAGUCACAGAAAAGUCGAGGAGAGCAGGAGCCGCGGAGAGCUCCUUUUCCAUUUUCUUCAACUCAGGUUCAAAAGUUCUGUCGUGUUCGUUUGCGAAUCGCGUGGUGUGAUACGCAAAAAAAAAAAAAAGAAGAAGAAAAAGGAAAAAGAGACGAAGAUGAAGAUCAUCGUGAUUUUGGCAACAGCCAUGUGCAUGGGCUCGGUCAUCGCGUAUCCACAUUCCGAGGAGCAAAUUAAAUCCGAGGCACUCGAUCGAUUGAUGCUGAUCGAAGCAGACGACGAUAAGGACGCCCUAAGGAGCAAACGGACGAUCGGUAUCCUGCGUGAAGUGUUCCCCGAAAUUUCUCAGGACGUGAACCCGGAAACGGAGGACAGGGCGAACGAGGUGCAACAGGCGGCCGAGUCGCAGAAGAACGAGGUCAAAGUGCAGUUCGCGGACGAGGAGGGUGCGGCGGACGCGGUCGCGCCUUUGACGCCUCUCGACGAGGUGGGGAGCGAGGACGACGAGAACAGGAACAAAAGGUUCCUUUCCAGCCUCGGCGGGUUGAGCGGUUCCGGAUCAAGCGGGGCGGGAUCCGGCAACUUCCUCUUCGACAUUCUAAGGCAAGCGGCCGACGGGGCGGCAAGAGCGGCGGGCACGGUGUACCGCGUGGUGGCAGGUACGCAGAGCCUAGGGCUCGGUUUAAGCGCUUCACGGGACUUGGGCCCGGUUCCCCAAGGUGCCGCCCCUGCUGCCGCUAGUUCCUCGACCACGGCGGGAUCCUCGACCAGCGCACCGGCCGCGUCAGGAGCCGGCAACCUACCACCGGUGGUAGCCGGAAGCGGAAGUCGUCUGGACUCCUCGUCGGGUGGCGAGAGCGGGGAACCCGAUGGGGUUCACGAGGCGGUCCCGGGGCCGGUUACCAGGCUCUUCGUCAUCGCCAACAGAGGAAUCGCCAAUCUUAUACAGGAUCUCAUUCUUCGCCUGGCAGCGACGAGCGAACGCAUCGUCAACUUCAAGGCAAGACUGAUCACUUCCAUCAUUUAGGGGAUAAACGCGCGAUGGGAUAUCAAAGCGUAAGGAAAA